GUCACAGAGCGGAGCUUUGCGUUCGUUGCGGACGAUUAUGUGGCUGAGGUCUACUGUCGCAACCGGGUUCCUAGGAGGCAGAGUGUUGGCUAAAGCUAUGUGUGCCCAGGCUGUAGACUGGGAGAGCGCCAAGUCCAUCUAUGAGUUCAGAGCCACGGACAUCGACGGCAACGAAGUGUCCCUUGAAAAAUACAAGGGUUGUGUUUGUAUUAUUACCAAUGUAGCCUCUAAAUGAGGAAAGACCCGGGUAAAUUACACUCAGUUUGCUGAAAUGCACGUCAAGUAUGCUGAUAAAGAUUUACACAUCUUGGGUUUCCCCUGCAACCAGUUUGGAGCGCAGGAGCCAGGAACUGACGCAGAGAUCAAGGAGUUUGCCAAAGGUUUCGAUGCCAAGUUUGACCUCUUCAGUAAGAUCGAGGUUAACGGAGAGGGCGCCCACCCUCUAUGGAAGUGGAUGAAGGCCCAGCCCAAAGGCAAAGGACUACUGGGGAAUGGCAUCAAAUGGAAUUUCACCAAGUUUCUUAUCAACAAAGAAGGGCAGGUGGUGAAGCGCUACGGACCAACAGAUGAUCCCUCUACUGUAGAGAAAGACCUUUCCAAGUUCAUGUAGUCCUGUAGACGGUGGACGACCCUCCUCCACCAUGGACUGCUGGGGGUUCUUCUGGGCACUUCUGGACCCAUGACGGCCUGUCUGUAAACCCAGUCCCUGGGUAGGGCAGGCCUGAUGAACGUGAGCGUGCAACUCAUUAACAGAAUCCGCCCACAAGAGUCCCCGUAUUACCAUGGGAGAGGAAGUGAUCAUCACCCAGUCGAGUGAAUCCAGUCGUCUGCCACAGAGAGCGGAUCUGCUCCACACCCGUCAAGUGAUGCACCAGCCCCAUUCUCUUUAUCUUUAUUUGUCAUGUCAUGCACUGUAUUAUUAUUUUCCCUAUCACUGGGUCCUAUUAAGUACGCAUCAAUGUGUAUUUAUUAGUGUAAAAAUAAACAUCUGCACUUAA